AUUGAAUCGAUAAUCAACUUGAACCUCUCGUCCUCUUCGCCAGCACGAACCCUUCACCACAUCCGCUUCUUGUAGGUUCCCGACAGUCUUGUUCUCUUCUUGUCACUCAUUCAGCGCCCCUGCAACUACCUGGGUUACCAUAAUCGCCAAGUGUGACGCCUAGAGAACACUAGCUUCCUCUGUGCCUGGGUCUCUACACUGUCGCAAGUAUGAAGCCGCUUGCGGCAUACUUGUUAUCCGCUCCUGUGCUCGCGGCCCAGUUUGCUGCGGCCAUAACGCUAGAUUGUGAACGAAUCCGGGUGGAUGGGAAGAAAUUCGACCUUUCCAAGCUUGCCGGGCGACAUUCCGUGAGCGUCUAUGACACCUCCAGACCACCAGCCGAGUAUAACACUACGUGGACGGUCGAUCUUUGUGCGCCUUUACAAAAAGUGAAGGGUGUUCGUGAUCAAGAUCAAUGUCCUUCGGGAACAAGAGUAUGUGGAGUCGUUCGGUCAUGGAAUCCCAUCGAUGAUCCGGACAAGAAGCAUGUCGUGGUUGAGAACGUGAUCCCAGUAGCCGGAAACUUCGAAUCGAGCACUGGAAAGAGCCUUGACCCGAAGGUCACGCGACUGAAAGCCCUCGACUCGAAAUCCGAUGGGCUGCAAAUCGAAUUGAAUGGCGGUUACUACAAUAAAAGAAAGCAGAGAGCCGUAAUACAAUUACAAUGCGACAAGGACCGUACUGGUAUUGAAGAGGCCAGGAGAUUGAAGCGAGACAAAAAUGACAAGGACAAGGACAAGGAAGAUGAUGGAGACAAGGAAGAGGAACCCUCCAAAUCUAGUUUGACGUUUGUGAGCUACGGUCCGGUCGAAGGCAAGGAGCAGAUGGAAGUGCUCCGACUCGACUGGCGCACCAAGUACGCAUGCGAGAAUUACGCCGACAGCGACGAGGCGAACAAGAAGAGUGGUUGGGGCUUCUUCACGUGGUUCGUAUUGAUUGCAUUCCUCGGCAUCGCCGCAUACCUCAUCUUCGGCUCCUGGCUCAACUACAAUCGCUACGGAGCCCGCGGAUGGGACUUACUACCUCAUGGCGACACUAUCCGAGAUAUUCCAUACAUCGUCAAGGACCUGUCGCGGAAAGUGGUGGACACGGUAGCGGGCGGUGGGUCUAGAGGUGGUUACAGUGCCGUAUGAUCUAAGAUGAAGAUUGGGUUUUGGGUCGAUUGCGCCAACUUGUAGAGUAAGAGGUAAGGAAAUCCUCCUGGUAUAGGGUAGGAAAUUAUCACGGACUUUUUGCCAUCAUAUCAAUACAACAACUUCGGGUUUGUUGCAUCUCGUCCCCAUUCCGACCAGCCUUAUCGCCAAUUCAG